AUGUACACGGGAGUAUUAGGGGAAUGGUCAUACAAGCUUUUCGAAAAACUACUCCUCAAUAGACUAGCUCCAUCAGUCGAAGACCAACUCAUUGAGGAGCAAGUUGGCUUCAGAAAAGGGCGCUCCUGUUGUGGCCAAGUACUUAAUCUUGUCCAGUUUAUUGAGGAAGGAUUUGAGAAGAAACUUAAAACAGGAAUAGUCCUGGUUGACCUCACAGCAGCUUAUGACACGGUCAACCACCGCAGCCUGCUAAUGAAAAUGGCUAAUAUGGGGAUAAAUGGACACAUGGUAAAUGUCCUGAGGCACUUACUCAACAACCGACGAUUCUAUGUCGAAAUGGAUGGCAGAAAUAGCGGAUGGAGAGGUCAAAAGAACGGACUUCCACAGGGAUCAGUGUUAUCCUCCCUGCUUUUCAACAUCUACACCAAUGACCAACCUUCUUAUCCCAACACACAACGUUUCAUCUAUGCAGAUGAUCUCUGCGUUGCCACACAAGCCAAGAACUUUGAAGAUAUUGAGGCGACUUUGACAGAAGCGCUCAAUGUGAUUGGGAGAUAUUAUGAGGAUUGGUCACUAAAUGCCAACCAGGGAAAACUAAAAUCACAUGUUGAGAGGCUUCGGAAAAAGGUGUCUUCACGCCUUAAUCUUGUGAAAAAACUGGCUGGAACAAAAUGGGGCACAGACCCUAAGACCUUAAGGACAGCUGUCCUGGCUUUGUGCUAUUCUACAGUAGAAUACUGUACUCAGUGUGUGAAUGUCGUUUAUAGACUCUCAGGUAUUCCACGUCCAGCCCUGAGAAGAGAAACAACCACCAAAGUGGAAAAACGCAAGCAAGAGCAGGACGAUCGACAUCCACUUUACUCCCACAUACCACCCCCGACCAGACUAAGAUCUAGGAAAAGUUUUACCACAGUCGAAAGGCUGCCUGGCGGUAUAACUCCAAGACAUUAUAGAAUGUAUAAAUGGAGAGAAAAGGAAAACCUGGGACCAGAACACCCAACCAUACCAAUACCGAAAGAAAAACUACCAAAAGGUACAAACCUUGGUAGGAAAGAAUGGUGCACCCUUAACCGUGCCAGAUCUGGUGUAGGUAAAACCCGGGAUAAUUUAACAAAAUGGGGCCUUGCCACGUCCACUACGUGUGAUUGCGGGUUCCCUAUCCAAGACAUGGACCAUAUCCUUUUUAAUUGCUCAAGAAGCCCUGUCAAUAUUAAUCCACCUGACCUACAAAAGGUCACUGAUAGAGCCAAGAUAUGGAUAGAAUUCUGGUGUGAUACGAUAUGA